AUGAUUUUCUACCCUUACUGUUUUUUUUUUUUCUUUUUUUGUUUUGCGCCACCUUUCUUUGUUUUUCCUUUUCUUCUUCUUUGUUUUCUUCAUAUUUCUGUACUUCUUCAUCAUCUUUUUUUCUACCAGCAUUCUUCUUUUUCUUCUUCGUCUACUCUGUUUCUUCUUCUUCUUCUUCUUCUUCUUCUUCUUCUUCUUCUUCUUCUUCUUCUUCUUUCUUUCUAUUUUUCUUUUCCAUUUUCUCUUUUUUAUUUAUAUCCUUUUUUAUGUUCUUUCUUUCUUUCUUUCUUUCUUUCUUUCUUUCUUUCACGUUUUCUACUUUAUUUCAUUCUCUUUUUUUUAUUUUGUCAAUAUUUUUUCUCUUUUUUUUUCUCUCCUUUCACUUCCAUUUCUGUCUUUUUCCCCUCCUCGUUUUAUCUUUAUCUUUAUUUUCCCAUUCUUCCGAUCAUGACGCAACACUCACAAGAAAAGAAAAUAUCAACAACUCAUCGUCUCUUUCUAUCUCUCUCGCCAUAUUUCUUAAAUUCUGUUACUUCUUUAUCUCUCUCUCUCUCUCUCUCUCUCUCUCUCUCUCUCUCUGUUUUCUGUUCUUUCUUUCUCUUUCUCGCGCUUUUUCUACUUCUCUCUUUCGUUCAACGUUUAUUGAUUCUUUAUUUUUGCCUUUCUCUUUUUCUCACCUUCUCUCAUCUUUUCUCUCCCCCCCCCCCACUUUCUCUCUCUAUUUCAUUUAUGUGUUUCUUACGAGUGUAUUCCGUUUUUUUUUUUCAUUCUAUCUUAUUCACUCUUACGAUUUCUUCAGGACUCUCCCUUUCUAUUCCCACUCUGCCAUUUUCUCUUCAUGUCAUAUUUUCUUUAAUCGUUGUUUUUCUUUUUAAAUCUGCGAAAUUUAUUCUUUUUCUGUUUCUUAUAUUUUCCGUUCAUAUCUAUCUAUCUAUCUAUCUAUCUAUCUAUCUAUCUAUCUAUCUAUCUAUCUAUCUAUCUAUCUAUCUCAUAUUUACUUCAGUUUCUUCAUCUAUCUAUCUAUCUAUCUAUCUAUCUAUCUAUCUAUCUAUCUAUCUAUCUAUCUAUCUAUCUCAGUCUGUUCAUUAUCUAUCUAUCUAUCUAUCUCAGUCUGUUCAUUAUCUAUCUAUCUAUACAUUAUCUGUCUAUUUAUCUAUCUAA